UGUUACUUCAGUUUUUCUUGAAAAAUCGAAGGUGAAGGAACAGCUUAUUGUGAAUCGUACUCGAGUGUCCCAUUAUAAAGUGCUUGUAUCGUGGCUGUGAAUAAUAUUCUAUUGGAAUUCAAGUCUCAUUUAAUCAUCUGUUUAAUUGAAAGUAACAUUGCAUGAUCAAAAUGCGGUGGAGUAUUUUAGCGUUGGCCUGCGUGGUCGUGGCGGUGUACGCCGACGACAAGAAGGACAAGGAGAAGGACAUCGGCACCGUGAUCGGUAUCGACUUGGGUACCACCUACUCUUGCGUUGGUGUGUACAAGAACGGCCGUGUGGAAAUCAUUGCUAAUGACCAGGGUAACCGUAUCACUCCCUCAUAUGUGGCUUUCACUGCUGACGGAGAGCGUCUCAUUGGUGAUGCUGCCAAGAACCAGCUGACCACCAACCCCGAGAACACCGUCUUUGAUGCCAAGCGUCUUAUUGGUCGUGAAUGGAGUGAUUCUACUGUUCAACAUGAUGUCAAAUUCUUCCCCUUCAAGGUGGUUGAGAAGAACAGCAAACCUCAUGUUUCUGUUAUGACCUCCCAGGGCGACAAAAUCUUUGCUCCUGAAGAAAUCUCUGCUAUGGUUCUCACCAAAAUGAAGGAGACUGCUGAGGCUUACCUGGGCAAGAAGGUGACCCACGCUGUCGUUACUGUCCCUGCUUACUUCAACGAUGCUCAGCGUCAAGCCACCAAGGACGCUGGUGCUAUCGCCGGUCUUCAGGUCAUGAGAAUCAUCAACGAGCCUACCGCCGCCGCUAUCGCUUACGGUCUUGACAAGAAGGAAGGCGAGAAGAACGUGCUCGUAUUUGACUUGGGUGGUGGUACCUUCGACGUGUCUCUGCUCACCAUCGACAAUGGAGUAUUUGAAGUAGUAGCCACCAAUGGUGACACUCACUUGGGUGGUGAAGACUUUGACCAGAGAGUCAUGGAGCACUUCAUUAAGUUGUACAAGAAGAAGAAGGGCAAGGACAUCAGGAAAGACAACCGUGCCGUACAGAAGCUUCGUCGUGAAGUUGAGAAGGCCAAGAGAGCCCUGUCCUCCAGCCACCAAGUCAAGAUUGAAAUCGAAUCAUUCUUCGAAGGUGAAGACUUCUCCGAGACUCUUACCAGGGCUAAGUUCGAGGAGUUGAACAUGGACCUCUUCAGAUCUACUCUUAAGCCUGUGCAGAAGGUAUUGGAAGACGCCGACAUGAACAAAAAGGAUGUUGAUGAGAUCGUGCUUGUCGGUGGUUCUACCCGUAUCCCCAAAGUACAGCAAUUGGUCAAGGAAUUCUUCAAUGGAAAGGAGCCUUCCCGAGGUAUCAACCCUGACGAGGCUGUCGCUUACGGUGCCGCCGUCCAGGCUGGAGUACUCAGCGGUGAACAAGACACAGAUGCUAUUGUGCUACUCGACGUCAAUCCUCUUACCAUGGGUAUCGAGACUGUCGGAGGUGUCAUGACCAAGCUUAUCCCCCGUAACACCGUCAUUCCUACCAAGAAGUCUCAGAUCUUCUCCACAGCUAGUGACAACCAACACACCGUUACCAUCCAGGUGUACGAAGGUGAACGUCCAAUGACCAAGGACAACCACUUGCUCGGAAAGUUCGACUUAACUGGCAUUCCUCCUGCACCUCGUGGUAUCCCUCAGAUCGAAGUUACCUUCGAAAUCGACGCUAACGGUAUCUUGCAAGUGUCUGCUGAGGACAAGGGUACUGGAAACCGAGAGAAGAUUGUCAUCACUAAUGACCAAAACAGACUGACACCUGAAGAUAUCGAGAGGAUGAUCAAGGAUGCCGAGAGGUUCGCCGAUGAAGACAAGAGGCUCAAGGAGCGCGUUGAGGCCAGGAACGAACUGGAAAGCUAUGCUUACUCCAUCAAGAACCAGCUCCAGGACAAGGAGAAGCUUGGCUCUAAGUUGAGUGACGACGAGAAGUCAAAGAUGGAGGAGGCUAUCGAUGCCGCGAUCAAGUGGCUCGAAGACAACCAGGAUGUCGACUCAGAAGAAUACAAAAAACAGAAGAAGUCCCUGGAAGACGUUGUUCAGCCCAUCAUCGCCAAGUUGUACCAAGGACAAGGAGGCGUGCCCCCGCCUGGCGCGGGAGGUGAGGAUGAAGAUUUCAAGGACGAGUUGUAACCAAACAGACUUUAAUACGUGUGAUCAUAGCCAAAUGUGAUCUCCGAUCGUUGCGGGGUGUGCACCGUGAGCUGACGUCACGCGGCACAACCUGCAGCGAGACACGGAUGCGGAGUGUUUUAACUCGUGUUGUGUAUAUUUAUUGUAUGUGUGUGUGUGAGGUUGGGGUGUGCGGCGGGCGCGCUGGCGUCACAGAGCCGAGAUCUGAUCGUGUUUCUGCCGCUGCGCACAUGUCUGUAUGGUGCGUGAAGUUAAUUGUAAAAAUUGAUGCAUUUUUAUUUUUAGUGAAAGCAAUAGUUUCGCGUAUGAAUAAUUGCGAGAGGCCUGAUUCCAUGACUUUCUCAAUGCCGAUUUAUUUAUUAAACUAUUAUUGCAUCAACUAAUGAAUCGGUGCGAGUCUCGUUACAUCUAGGAGACCACCUCAGUGUUUUUGAACUGUAUGUAUGUAAUUAUUUUGAGACUGCAGAAUUGUUAGUUUAUAAUUAGCAGAAUAAUUAAAUAAUUAUGUAGUAAUUAAAUAAUUUCAAUUGAAGUACGGAGGAGUACAUAA